UGGUCUGUGAUCAGCAUAACAUACUUUUAUAUUUUGCUCUUAAAUUAUUUAAUUAUAGAUGAAUAAGUGUAUAAUAAAAUGUUAUGUUAUUUUUAUGUUGGUUUAAAACUAUGCCUACAAUAACUUAAAAUUUAAUAUAUUUUUUUUAACUUUUUUGUGUUUUUAAGUUUUUAUAAUUUCGAUGAAACUGAAGUAACUGAACAGAACAAUAUAUUAUAAAAUUGGAGUCAUAGAAAAUUGAGGAAAUAUGGUUCAACGCGGGUGUCAAAGAAAAUAUAAUGAAAACUCCUUUAUUCAUAGAGUUUUAAUCACAAUGAUAUUCAUAUCGGUAUCGCGUGCCAACGAUUCGUUGAAAAUGGAGAAUUACGCGAUGGUGUGCUCGGAGUUCCUGGAAUGCCAGAAAUGUGCGAAACACGCCCUGUGCAGCUGGUCGCUGGACCAGCAGCGGUGCCUGAUCACGCCGCCGAACCUGGGGAACCUGACGGUGAACGUGGAGGGGCACUGUCCGCAGUUCACGGUGCCCAAAAAAUCGGUGCUCAGGGACGAACUGUUCUCGUACACGGUGGUGGUGUCGAACGACAAGAACGACUUCGUGCGGUACCUACAAGACCGGAAGAUCACGUGCCAUCUGGACGACGAGAGGCUGGCGGGGUACGUGCUGAACGACGAGAUCAAGUGCAACACGAAGAGGCUGGCCGCGCAGAGGGACAAGCGGUUCAAGGCGCUGAUGAUCUACCACUAUUACAUCACCAUCGACGACGGCAUCAUACUGCGGUACAACAACGACUCGGACAACUACUUCGUGUACUACGACCACCAGUGCAACGGCACCACCCGGGACGACGAGUGCGUGACGUGCGCGUGGAACGAGUACGGUUACAAGAACUACUACAAACGGUGUUCGGCGAGGAACCGGUGCGUGGGCCGGUACGAGUACUACGCCAAGUGGCACGUCGGCAACUACACGGCGGUGAUGGACCACGCGGACGGCGGCGGCGGCGUGCGGCUGGAGUGCGCGGACGCGGAGAUCCGGUCCGUGGACCCGAUGACGGCCCCGUGGCUGGGCGGCACCACCGUCCGGUUCACCGUGGUCAACCAUCACGUGAUGGCCGAGGACAAGGAGGUGUCGGUGACGGUGGCCGGCCGCGAGUGUUCCGAACCGAAGAUGUGGCAGCUGCCGGACGACCCGCAACUCACGGCCGUCUCCUGCACCGUGAUGCCGGCCGCCGCCACCGACCGGCACCGCAACCACGAGGGCCCCGUCCGGUUGCAGUACACCGGCGACCCGCCCAAGGUCACCGUCACUUCCGCCCUGGUCGUCGGGCUCGUCGACCCCGUCAUCACCGACAUGAGCCCCAGGUGCGGGUCCGCGGCCGGCGGCACCGUGUUGCGCAUCGGCGGCCGGUUCUUGGACGCGGGCACCACGCUCCGCGUGUCCGUCGGCGACUACGCCACCUGUCAACCGGUCGCCCUGUUCCCCGACCAGCUGCUGUGCGUCACCGGGCCGGCCGCCGUCACCGGUCCCACCGCGGCCCGCGUCAACGUCGUGUUCGACGGCCAGCUGAGCAAGUACGUCGGCGACGGGUCGGUGGUGUUCACGUACGCGGCCGUGCCCGCCCUGGACCCCGGCCAGUCGCUCCAGGGCAUCGCGUCGGGCGGCACGGCGGUCCAGCUGCGCGGCCGUCACUUCUCCUGUCUGCGGUACGCCAUGCUGUACGUGCACCACGGCGAGAGGUUGCACUACACCAGUUGCCGGUUGGUCAACGACACGCUGGCCGUGUGCCGGGCGCCCAAGCUCCCUUACAGCCACGUGGACUCGGCGUCGUCCUUGAAGUACGGACUGCGCGUCCAGGACCCCGAGUACCGGGAGAUGGACCUGUCGCCGCCCCGGGACCCGCACGGUUACAGCCUGCACCCGGACCCGGUGCUGCUGGACUUCACCACCGACGGCCGGGCGGUGACCAUAAACGGUCGCGACCUGGACCGCGGUUACCGGUCCCAAGACGACCUGAUCGUCCGGUUCCGCGGUUCCGGCGGCGUGUGCAACGUCACGUUCGCCGACCACCGGCGGAUCGUGUGCACGCCGUCCAACCCGUCCGUGGCCGACCUGGACACCGUGCCCGGCGUGAUCGUCACCAUCGGCGACACGUUCGCGUACGUGGUGAAGCGCAAGACGGACGGCCGUAGCCGCGGCCGGAACCGCGGGCCGCCCGACAACGUGGUCACCGGCGUCAAGGUCGUCUGUCUGAUAGCCAUCGCCAUCGCGUGCGUGGCCGUCUACCGCACCAAGGCCAAACACCGCGUCGGCGCCACUGCGGCGGCCGCGGUGGCCGUGUCCAGCAACAAUCGCAACGUGGCCGCCACCACCGCCGCCGUCAACACGAGGGCGACGGUCGGAUAUCGUAUGAAUACUACAACAAUUCUCUCAAGCAACAUGGCUGAAUCGACGGGAUUAAGAAAAGAAUUAUGGAAUCGUGCAUUUGUGUAUAUAAUACUUACAGUCACAUUGGCUUGCGUGUGUGGCGUACCACGCGUCGUCGAUUCGUUCAAGCUCAAAACCAAGACCAACACCAACAACAGCAACAACAACAACAACAACAUUACGGUAAACAAUAACAGCAAUAGUAAUUGCUCGGUAUCGCGGACGUGCGCGAGAUGCGCCGAAAGACCGUCGUGCAGCUGGUCGCUGAAACGGCAGACGUGCGUGAACACGGCUCGGAGACCGGAACUGUUGACGGUGAACAUCCGGGCUCACUGUCCGCGACUGACGGCCGUCGACGAGUUCGCGUACGACACGCUGCUUCCGUUCGCGUACAAGAUGAGGGUGUCGAACGACCAGAGCGGCUUCGUCAAGUACCUGGCCAAGACCAACGUGACGUGCUCGGUGAUGGGCACGGCGUACAACGGUACGGUGAACGAGGACGAGGACACGAUCGAGUGCGAGGCGGUCGACAACGACCUUUUGGGAUUCGACAAGCGGCGGCGACGACUGGCCGUCUACCGGUACGGCGUCGAGUUCGACGGAGUUCCGUUGCGCGUCGACGACGGAGCCGACAACUAUUUUACCGUGUACAACGCGCAGCACUGCGACGGCGUGGCCCGCAAGACCGACGGCUGCGUAGCGUGUUUUUGGCACCAUCGUUCCUCGACGGCGACGUCCUACUACAAACGGUGUCCGGCCCGGAACCAGUGCACGGGCCUGUUCGAGUACUACGACCGGACGUCCGGUGGCGAACGAGACGACGACGCCGCCGCCACCGCCGUCGCGGAACCGCCGGCCGACGCUUGUCCGGAAAUGACCGUCCGGUCCGUGGAACCGCUGACGGCGCCGUGGUCGGGCGGCACCACGCUGGUGAUAACCGUCGGCAACCACGGGUUGCUGGCCGAGUCGCGUAAGGUGACGGUGACGGUGGCCGGCCGCGAUUGCGUCUACCCGCAGACGGUCAACAACCAGACGAUCACGUGCACGGUGGGACCGCCCAAGCCCGAAGACUCGCCGUCGGGCCCGGUGCGCGUAGCGUACGGCCCGCUCCGGCUGACUUCCGCCCGCCAGUUCCGGUUCGUCUACCCCAAGCCGACAGCCCUGAGCCCGGCGUGCGGCCCCGUUUCCGGCGGCACUCUGUUGCGCAUAGCCGGCCGAUCGAUGGACGCCGGAAGCACGGUCGCCGUUUCCGUGGGCCCGGCCGACGUGCCGUGCGAGGUACUGGCCCGGUCCGAGGACCACGUGCUGUGCGCGACCGGACCGUCGGCCGACGGACGACCGGUCGCGGGCGACGUGACCGUCGUGUUCGACAAGUUGCUGAGGCGGACCGUCCAGUCCGGUCGGUUCGCGUACGCGGGCGAUCCGACGCUGAGCGCACGACAGCCGCUCGCCGGCAUCGCUUCCGGAGGCACGUACCUGCCGGUCCGAGGCCGCCACCUGUCGUGCGUCGGCAACGCCACCAUUUACGUGGACGACCCGGAAGGCGCCCGACACUUCGCCGAUUGCGCGGUGCGCAACAAUACUUUCAUGGCUUGUCGGUCGCCCGCGCUCGACGCCGCGCUCCGAUCGUUGUCGUCGUCGUCGUCGUCGUCGAACGCCUCCUCCUCCGCUCCUGUGCUGCUGAACUUUGGUUUCCGCGUCCGGUUCGCCGACCACACGGUGGACCUGUCCCCACAGCCCGACUUCCCGGGUUACCGGAUGUACGCCGAUCCGGUGUUCACGGACUUCGAGAUCGACGGCCGCAACGUGACCAUCAACGGCCGGCGCCUGGACCGGGGCUUCCGGCCCAACGUCGACCUGACAAUCCGAUUGCGCAACGCCAAUGGCGCCCCGUGCGCAGUGGUCGACGUGCAGCGACGACGGAUCGUGUGCGUGCGACCGCCGUCGGACCACCGCGACGACGACUUGCGCGAACUGUACGUGACCGUCGGCCUCGAAUUCGCCCGCACCGUGAAGAGAAAGAAGAACAACGACAAAAACGACGACCGUUUGUCGGGCGCGUUCGGAGCGUCCCUGCUGCUUAUCGCCGGCGUCUUGAUUGGCGCGUGUUUCGUGUUGUCACUGGCUAUCCUGGUCUACGCGGUGUGGUACAAAAAAUGUGAUAUCCGCAGAUACGUGUGAGAUCGUUGUUGCCUCUACAUACGUUUUUAUUUGUGUUUUUUUUUUUUUUUUUAUUAUUAUUAUUAUUUUAUUUUACACUGCCCUCGACGAUAAUUAUAAUUUGAAACGAUUUGUAACGCGUACUUACAUUAGAUUUAAACGCUGUAUUUAAAAAUAUUAUAAUCCGGCGCAUAAGCUUAUUCUACAGUUUUUACUUAAGUUCGUUAAACUAUUAAUUUUAGUAAUAUUGAAAUUAAACUUUUUUUUACUAUAAUAUUAAU